UGUGAGUGAGUGAGUGAGUGAGUGAGUGAGUGAGUGCGUGCGUGCGUGAGUGCGUGCGUACGCGCGAGCGUGCGGGCGGUUAGUCGGUCGGUCGAACGGUCGAAUGGUCGAACGGUCGGUCGGUCGCACCACACACACUACGUCGCGUGUCACUUUCUAUCGCGCGCGCCGCUCGUUCACCCGGCGAAUUCCUCUCCUGUCACUCUCGAGUGAGCCCUCGACACUGUCGCGUUUAUCAACGCACCGUAUCGCUACUGUUCGGUCGAUCGGUCGGCUGGUCGGUUGAUCGGUCGUAACCUGCGAGACACUAAACUAAGCGAGAUUCAUACGCGCACAGCCGAGAAACACGACGACGAUCCGAGCGCGAGCCCGAGAGUCGCCGACGAUACCCGAUUAAGGCCACGGGGACAGUUUUCGCGAGGGAGAAAGAGAGAGGGAGAUUGAUCGCGCGGCGCGUCGCGGCAGUCGCGGAACCAGUUCGCGCUCCAGUUCGCGAUACGUGGAAAAGCGCCCAUCGCCUAUCACCCUGUCGCUAGGGUAGUGGGAAAUCGAUCACUUGAUCCUUUCCACUGAAUGUAGCCAUUGCCUUAUUCCCGGGGGCCAAUCGUGAAUUGUCUCUCUCUAGCGUGGACGCGUCUCUAACGUGGAAGGGUAAAAGAAAUAUUCUAUUGUUUCAAAUUUGAAGAUUAAUCAGUCUUCGCGAGAUUUCACGCUAGAGAAAAAGCGUUCACGAUCGAGCCCUUGCGGCGCGUGUGCGCGUUUGAGCGGAUCUUUGCGGUGGAAGUGCGCGAAUCCUUCGCAGUUGGCAGCACAUGACGUCGUUGCGUGCGUUAGGUUGCUUAUCGCGUAUCCGCGCGAACUUUGUAAAUUUGCAACGGCUCACAACAAUUGUAUAUUUGUGGUGUUAGGUUAGAUUAGAUGCAUGUUGAUGCGAUUGAUUUGAAAUUCAUGGGUUAUGUACCCGGCGGCAGUGGGUCCGAUGAGGAAGAGCGUUUUGUGCGAUCCAUCGUCAAUUGACACACCGUGAUAAUGGCAAAAUUGAAUAAAUUUGUUCCUAAGAUUGUACGAGGUUUCGUGCAAUGUGCAUGCGUGACGUAUUGCGUGUAUGAAUACGUUGGAGAUAUCGUCGUGUGUACUGGACCAUCUAUGGAACCUACAUUAUAUACUAAUGAUGUAUUACUCAUGGAACGAAUAUCUGUAAGGUUACACAAGCUUGACAAAGGUGACAUUGUCAUUUCUAAGUGUCCCUCUAAUCCAAAGCAAAAUAUAUGCAAGCGAAUUAUAGGUCUGCCAGGAGAUAAAAUUUGGAAUAAUUUUAGUAUAACAACGGUACCUAAUGGACAUGUAUGGCUAGAAGGAGAUAACAGCAAUAAUUCUACAGACUCUAGGAUAUAUGGGCCGGUACCUCAGGGAUUGUUACGCGGCCGAGCUAUGUGUAAAAUAUUGCCAUUGAGAGAGAUAACACUGUUCACAACUAAACAUGUGACCUAAAUUGAUCAUAUAUGUCUGAUAUCUAUUUUUGUAGAUAUCUAUUUUUGUUAACAAAGUAUUUUGAAAAUACCUAGUAAGUUAUUUAAAUUAUAUAGUGUAGCCUCUGGUUAUAUAUA